CACACCACUGACACUUUGCUCACAUUACUCUGAGGGGCUGGGCUAACUACCACAGCAACCAGGCUCCUCCCCAGGGUGUGUGAAGUGUUUUUAAGAGGAGUGUUGGAAAUGUUGUUUUAAAGAGGCGCACAAGGCAGGAGAGUGUGUCUGUGAGAGUGUGUGUAUCAGUCAAUCCAACCACACUGUUCAAAACCCUUUUUCUGCAGAAUCCCAUUUACUCACUAGCAUUGACUCCAGGAUGGGUGAAGAUUCCUCUCACGCUAAGCAAAGCACAGCCACCAUACCCAGGGAGGAGAGCAGCCCAAUUCCACCUGCUCCAGCCAUGGAUGCUCAGGAUCUCCUCAUCCCGAGCUUCAGUCCUAGCUCAGCACCUUCUUCCCCUGUUCACACCAUCACCCGCCUGGGCUCCAAAUCCCCCACCAGCCCCACGGCUCCUGGGGGCCAGAUAAGCGCCAUCACGGUGGUGGCUCUGCUCGACAAGCUGGUGGUGAUGAUCGAGUCAGUGCAAGAGAACCAGCAGAGGAUGGAGAAGAAACAGGCUGAGCUGGAGGGGGCAGUCAGGGUGGUGCAGGGCGACGUGACCCGGCUCGCCAAGAGCCACAUGUCCACGGCCAACAGCGUCGCCAAGCUGCUGGAGCGCUCGCGCAAAACAGGUAACAAUGUGAAGGAGGUGCGGGAACGUCUGGAUAGACAGAGCAGCCAGGUGAAGCGUCUGGAGGCCAACCACGCCCAUCUGCUCAAGAGAAACCACUUUAAAGUGCUCAUCUUUCAGGAGGACAAUGAAAUCCCCUCCACUCUGCUCACUAAAGAUGGUAUGGCCACCUUUCAGGAUGAAAUGGUUCCAUCUGCACCAACUCCACACACUGAUCUAAACCGCUCCCAAGAUGAAGGCCUGCAGACCAUCAGCCUCUCCUCUAGUGAGGAGGAGGACAAAGGAGCAUCAAGCCCCCUGGCAGAGGGUGGCACAGAUCCCCUGGCAGAUCUGCAUGAGGAGAGCCUCCCAUACUUUGGAAGUGAACGUCUGGAACGCUCUCGUGCAGACAAGUUCAAGCGCUCAAGUCUGAAGAAGGUGGAUAGUCUUAAAAGGGCCUUCUCGCGAAGCAGCAUAGAGAAGAAGAUCAACAAGAUUGUGCCUCCAGAACGACGUGAGAAGAUCAAGAAAAGCUUCACCCCGAACCACCCGAAAAGCCCCACUUCCCAGAGCUCAUCCUUCAAAAUCUCUCCAAUGACUUUCAACAUCAAGAAGGUACGAGAUGGAGAUGCUGACUCUUCUCAGCAGCCUGAGAGAUCACCCAGGAAUCUCAGCCCAGUAGAGGUGCCCUCCAUAGGGGGACCUGAUGGUGAGCUACCCCUGCCUGAGUUACACUCAUUGGGGGAGAAAGUGAAUGGAGGUGGCCAUCACACUCCCUCGACUCCAGGCAGCACAGAUGGUGAGGUGUCUGUUACAGAAGGAGGUGGAAAUCUUGAUAAUGGUCCCUCUGUAACACUGGCUGAGGAGCAUGUGGAGAGACAAGAUGGUGAUGCUGAUGACAAUGAGGAAAAUGGGGAGGAGGAAGAGUUGGAGGAGCAGGAGGAGGAGAAAGAACCAAGACCUGUGGAGGAAGCAUCUGCUCCUCCCAUGUCAACUGCUAUUACUGUUGAGCAAACUUCUUAGAUUUAUUAGUUGUAUUCUAAUCUUUAUUCAUUUGACUUCAAUCUACUUCUGAGACUUUGGGAAUUAUAGACCCCAUUUACACCUGGUAUUAAGAUGCAUCUUGGGUGAUCCGAUCACAUGUGGUCAGGUGACACACAUCAGUGUUUACACCUGGUCGCUCAAGUGUGUCUCCUGUGACCACUUGUGUUCGGAUUUGAAGGGGAGGGACUCUGAUUCAUGAUGACAUACAUCAAUCACUAUGUCAGUGUGUUACUACAUGAUAAUAAACUGCAACAAAGUCAGAAAAGAUAAAGAAAGCAGGAAAAAAAUGGCACAAAAGCAACAUAUCGAGCAGAAUUGCUCAUUAUUUUAGUGGACUACCUGUAAUAACCAGAGCUGCAGAUGUUCCGACUUCUCAUAAGUGUCUGUACAAGUUGAUUUCAGACACACUGAAGAAGAUCCAUGAAGUUUGUGUUCUUGUAUCCGCUUUUUUAAAUUUUCUGAUCAAAUGGUUAUUUCCUUUCAAAGCCGCUCGUAACCGACAAGAGUUUAAACUCUUGUUUUAGCACAGCGGUUGACUGACAGGUGAGGGGUUGCGCUUUGCUGCUGCCAGUGUUGUGCCGAAAUUAGCACUGUAUUUAGCGCUGACCACAUGUGAUCAGAUCACCAAAAAGCAUCUUAAUACCAGGUGUAAACGGGGUAAUUCUUACUCCCUUGUGCCACUGGCAUCUUGUCCCCAAGCUUGUUUAAUGUUAAAUAGCAUGUAUUGCUGACAUAACAUUUAUAACCCCAAAUAUAAUGUAAUGACGUAAUAAAUAACCUAUUAUAUUAAAUUCAGAUAUUAAGUAUAUUCUUAAGGAGAAAAUUCCAUUUAAAUAGAUUCUGUAAAAAGGUCCAGAGAAUGGUACAGCAGUCUAGACAACUGGUCAUAAUGAAACAGCAAAAAUAACUAAAUUUUCCUGUGGAAGCUGAUGAAUAACAUGAAAUUGAUUGAACUGCAAAGCCUGAACUCUCUUUCCCACUAAAAUGAACGUAACAACAAAAAUAAUCAAAUUAUCAGUUGUUUUAUUCAUUUUACCUACUAAUGUGCAUAACUUAGAUGUCUUCAAGGAAAAACAUUUUUUUCAUGCAUGGUUGCCCAGACAAGUUUUAAAAACUGUAUUAAUAGGUAUAUGAAUAAACCUUAUUCACAGCAGUGCCAUCUUUGAUUUUUGAUGGGAAUGACCACGAGGCUUGGAGGGAUAGAUGUACAGUCUCUUCAAAAGGUUGUGCAGUUGUUUAAAGUGUUUAUGGAUCUUUCUGCUGAUGAAACGUUGAAAAAUAUCUUUCCAAGAAAUUUCUGUAGGCCAAAAAAUUCAAGACAACAUGAGCUGUGGAGAAUUAGGUGUGAUCUAAGAGUUUUAUACCACUUUUUACAGUGCAUGUCACUGAAGAGACGGUAUGUCUUUCCCUCACAGCCUCAUUUUCAUUCCUGUCAAAAAUCAAAAGAUGGCGCUACUGUGAGGUCUAUGCCAGAGCCCUUCUGUCAAGGGAAGCCUACAAGGUUAGCAACAGAAUGCAUAAUGCGGCAGUCCCAUUGAUAUUCUAUGUGAGGAACACUGGCGAGGAGACCUGAUGGCAAUUUUUUUUUUUUUUUUUUAUGGAUAUCUAUCGAGGAGAUGCUUCAGUAUGCUCAUCACUUAAUGAACUGACUGCCUGUCUACUAAUCUUCAACAUGUUUUACACUAAACAAUCCUUUUGGAAUGAACUAUGUGUGGAGUUUAUUAAGAUAAAAUUGCGGUUUUAUGAGUGAAAACAGACAAUUUUGAGACAGGCAUGUGUCAGCUUACGGCUCUCCCCAUUCAUGUGUAUGGUUUCUGCAAACGGUGACUUAUCAUAAUGUUAUAAGUAAACUGACCAACCAAAAUGGAUCUUCACAUGACACAACGUUGUCUGCUUUUGUCAAAAAUGCAACCAAAAAAGGCAAAACUAAGGUUGAAUGAAAUUUGAUCGUAAAGAUUGUAACAUAAUAAUAAUAAUAAAACAUAAUAAUAAUAAUCAAGAUAACUGGGAGUGGAGAUCAUCUGUGUGUGGGAGCAUAAUUACCAGCAGACACACAUACAGGCUAAUAAAACAUGAUAUUUGAAUCCA